GGGAGGGAGGGAGCGAGGGAGUGACCGAAACGGAGCUCGGGGCUGCUGGAAGAACGGAGGCCAAGGCCGGGGGAGCUAGAGACGGACUGACAGACAGGCAGAGAGACCGGGCGUCCCGGCCGCAGGCGCGCUCUAGCGGCGCGGGCGCAGGCGGGGCUCCGGCCGAGGAUGGGGAGGGAGUGCCGGAGGCGGACGCGGACGGGAUGAGGACCAGAGGGGGCCGAGGGGCAAAGAGCUGGCGGCCCGAUCGCCGAAGGGCUCAGUGUCUUUGCAAAGUUGGGAUCGAGUACCCAAGCUGCACGCCCGGAGCUGCGCAAAACGCGUUCCCCCGCCCCGCCCCCCUACUUGCGCUAGCCGCGGAGCUAAAAAUAACAGCCCGUUCGCCCCCUGCAGACCGCGACCCCAACCCCUCCCCCGACCCCUCCCCCACUGGGCGUGGGGCAAAGCCACAGCUCCCAGUUCCCCAAAAGAAAAAAAAAAAGAAAAGAAAAGAAAAGGCGGCGCGGGGGGAGAGGGGGGCGGGGGGCGGGCCGGGGGCGGGGGGCCCGGCCAUAUGGAUGUGAUUUCUCCUCUCCGAGGCAGACGGGCAGCUCCGCAGCUCUCGGCGCCCGCCCGCCGCCCGCCCGGCCCCCGGCUGCCUCCCUUCCUCCCUCCCUCUCUCUCCUUUGCGCUCGCUCCCUAGCCCUCAGCGCAUGGGCCCCGCGCCGGGCCCCGGGGCCUCGGGCCGCCGGGCCUCCGGGGUCCCCUAGGCCCUGGCGUGGGCGGGGCAGCCCGGCCUGACGCAGCUCUGUACCCCACCACCACCACCACCAGGGCCGGCGGCGGCGGCUGCCCCGAGGGACGGGGCCCUAGGCGGUGGCGAUGGGGACCGCCCGGAUCGCGCCCGGCCUGGCGCUCCUGCUGUGCUGCCCAGUGCUCAGCUCCGCAUACGUGCUGGUGGAUGCAGAUGACGUCAUGACCAAAGAGGAGCAGAUCUUCUUGCUGCACCGUGCCCAGGCCCAAUGUGAGAAGCGGCUCAAAGAAGUCCUGCAGAGGCCAGCUGACAUAAUGGAAUCAGACAAAGGAUGGGCAUCUGCAUCCACAUCAGGGAAGCCCAAGAAAGAGAAGGCAUCUGGGAAGCUCUACCCUGAGUCUGAGGAGGACAAGGAGGUGUCCGCUGGCAGCAGGCAUCGAGGGCACCCCUGCCUGCCAGAGUGGGACCACAUCCUGUGCUGGCCGCUGGGGGCACCAGGUGAGGUGGUGGCCAUGCCCUGUCCUGACUACAUUUAUGACUUCAAUCAUAAAGGCCACGCCUACCGUCGCUGUGACCGUAAUGGCAGCUGGGAGCUGGUGCCAGGGCACAACCGGACAUGGGCCAACUACAGCGAGUGCGUCAAGUUCCUGACCAAUGAGACUCGUGAACGGGAGGUGUUUGACCGCCUGGGCAUGAUCUACACCGUGGGCUACUCCGUCUCGCUGGCCUCUCUCACCGUGGCUGUCCUCAUCCUGGCCUACUUUAGGAGGCUGCACUGCACACGCAACUACAUCCACAUGCACCUGUUCCUGUCCUUCAUGCUUCGCGCCGUGAGCAUCUUCGUCAAGGACGCGGUGCUCUACUCCGGCGCCACGCUUGAUGAGGCUGAGCGCCUCACGGAGGAAGAGCUGCGCGCCAUCGCCCAGGCACCGCCGCCGCCCGCCGCCGCCGCCGGCUACGUGGGCUGCCGGGUGACUGUGACCUUCUUCCUUUACUUCCUGGCUACCAACUACUACUGGAUUCUGGUGGAGGGGCUGUACCUGCACAGUCUCAUCUUCAUGGCCUUCUUCUCAGAGAAGAAGUACCUCUGGGGCUUCACGAUCUUCGGCUGGGGUCUGCCCGCCAUCUUCGUGGCUGUGUGGGUCAGUGUGAGAGCCACCCUGGCAAACACCGGGUGCUGGGACUUGAGCUCCGGGAACAAGAAGUGGAUCAUCCAGGUGCCCAUCCUGGCCUCCAUUGUGCUCAACUUCAUCCUCUUCAUCAACAUCGUCCGGGUCCUCGCCACCAAGCUGCGGGAGACAAACGCUGGCCGGUGUGACACGCGGCAGCAGUACCGGAAGCUGCUCAAAUCCACACUGGUGCUUAUGCCGCUCUUUGGCGUCCACUACAUCGUCUUCAUGGCCACGCCAUACACCGAGGUCUCAGGGACGCUCUGGCAAGUCCAGAUGCACUACGAGAUGCUCUUCAACUCCUUCCAGGGAUUUUUUGUCGCCAUCAUAUACUGUUUCUGCAACGGCGAGGUACAGGCUGAGAUCAAGAAAUCCUGGAGCCGCUGGACAUUGGCACUGGACUUCAAGCGCAAGGCACGCAGCGGGAGCAGCAGCUACAGCUACGGUCCAAUGGUGUCUCACACAAGUGUGACCAACGUAGGGCCCCGCACGGGACUUGGCCUGCCCCUCAGCCCCCGCCUGCUGCCUGCUGCCACAGCCAAUGGCCACCCCCAGCUGCCCAGCCACACCAAGCCAGGGUCCCCAGCCCUUCAGACCACACCACCUGCUGUGGCCGCUCCUAAGGACGAUGGGUUCCUCAACGGCUCCUGCUCGGGGCUGGAUGAGGAGGCCUCUGCACCGGAGAGGCCACCUGUCCUAUUGCAGGAGGAAUGGGAGACAGUCAUGUGAUUGGGGACCCGAGGGUUGGACCUGUGGACAUAAGGGUUGACAAGCGGACCAAGAGGCAGGUUGUUGGACAGUUGCCCACUCAGGGCUGGGGCUGGGAGGACAAAACAGGAAAAAAAAAAAAAAAAAAAAAGGA